AUGUCCAGUGUACCGCCUCCAAAUGCUUAUAAACCAGGAACCGUCUUGACGGUGGGCUCCCAUACUGCAAUUAUUGUUAAAUAUAUAUCUGAAGGUGUCCCCAAGUAUGCUGAUUCCAAAAUUGCAUGCUUGAAAAGGGUUGCUGUACCAGACAAAGUUAGUUUGAAUAUAUUAAGAGCAGAAGUGGAUUCAAUGCAAAGAGUUAAAGGUCAUCGUCAUAUUGUUUCAUAUAUCGACUCUCAUGCUGCAAGAAUGCCAACUGGUACAGGGUAUGAAGUGUUUGUGCUAAUGGAAUACUGUGCCAACAAAGGGUUGAUUGAUUUCAUGAAUACUAGAUUACAAAAUAGAUUGAGAGAAGAUGAAGUUUUAAGAAUAAUGGGGGAAAUAACGGAAGGUGUUGCUAAUAUGCAUGCAUUAGAUCCAUCAUUAAUUCAUAGAGAUAUUAAGAUUGAAAAUGUCUUGAUCUCAGAAAAUGGUGAUUAUAAAUUAUGUGAUUUUGGUUCUGCUUCACCAGUUCUGCGUCCUCCAAGAGAUGCUGAUGAAUUUGCCAUAUUACAAAAUGAUGUUUUGAGAAAUACAACUGCUCAAUAUAGAGCACCUGAAAUGAUUGAUCUUUAUAGAGGAUUACCAAUUGAUGAAAAAUCAGAUAUUUGGGCUUUGGGUAUUUUUUUAUAUAAACUUUGUUAUUAUACUACUCCUUUUGAAGAAAAAGGUGAAACUGCAAUUCUUCAAUCACAGUUUACUUUCCCAAGAUACCCGCAUUAUUCUGAUAGAUUAAGAAAUUUGAUUUCUGUUUUAUUAAGAACUGAUCCACGUCGUCGUCCAAAUGCUUAUCAAACUUUGGAAGAAGUUUGUAAAAUGCGCUCAGUUUCUGUCCCAAUUGAAGAUUAUACCAAGAAGAAACAUACUUCCGCUGCUACAUUCAAACCAAAAGUUCAUGCUACAAAAGUUCCAUUACCGCAAGCCCAAUCCCAAGGAAAAACAGAAAAUUUCUCUUCUCAACCUCAAAUUCAAUUACCUUCAACUGCUAACUCAAAUAAACCACAGUUUGUGAAAGACUUCAAACAUUCAGCUUCUUCCGGAGAUUUGUCAAAUUUACCAAGAUCUGCUGUAUCUACUACUCAAUUACAACCAUCAAAUAAUUUAAGACCACUUAAAGACUUAAAUUCAAGACCAGUAAGCUCUUCAUUAGAAUCAGCAGGUAAUUCAAAAGAUCCUUUUGCUGAUCUUGAUACUUCAAAUUUCUUGAAAGCCAAAAGUUCAAGUCCACAACCUCCUCCAAAACCAUCAAGACCAACAUCAUCAUCUGCAAAUAUUUACAGUACUAGUCAUAGUACUAGUGAGGUUAAUAUUAAUAAAUUAAGCUCAUCAGUUGGUAAUUUGAAUGUUAAUGAUAAACCAAAAUCUUCAAUUCCACCACCAGUUCCAACUAAACCAAAAUAUGUUGAUAGUAUUGUUCAAACUGAUGAUGAACCGUUAGUCACAAAAUCAAAAACUGAAGAUUUCAAGAAACCAGCAUUACCUAGACGAAUUUCACAUAAAAGACCUCAAAGUAUGUAUUCACUACCAUCACAAGGUCAAGUUUCUCAACAAAAACAAUUAUAUGAAACAAGUAAUCAAAGUCAAAAUGAUGUUAAUGAGCUGAAAAAAAUCAUCACUGGCUUAUCAUCACAAUCAAACACUGUUGAGCUAUCUCCAGGUGAUCAUCACAUCAACAGUAAUGUUGAUUUCCUUAAAACUUUAGAUAAACAGGAUUCAGGUAAACCAUGGGCCAGUGCACAACAUACAGGUGAAAGUGUUAAAUCAUUACGUCGUAUCAGUACCGGAAGUAAAAGAGUUAAUUCGCUGAUUGGAACUUUUACAGGGAAACUGAGUCGUUCACAUAGCCGCUCACAAAGUCGUAAUAGCUCAAGAGCUUCUUCCAUUCAUGAAUCAGCCGGUGUUUAUUCAUCAAAUACUGGAAAUUCUCAUAAAUUUAGAUCAUCAUCUGAAAGUAUCGAAGAGGAAAUCAUCAAACCUGCAGAAAGAAAAUCCAUUGGUCGCUCUAAUUCAAUUCAAAGAAGAGUUCAAGCAUUACUUAACAGAAACAAUGAUCCACCAAUCAUUAAAACUGCUAAAGGGUAUGGUAAUGAUUCAUCAAAUCAUACUGGCUCAAAUAAUAAUAACAAUAAUAAUCAUAAUGGUUCUAGUAAUAACGAUAGUAUUGGAUUUGAUGGAUUCAAAAAACCAACAAUUAUUAAAAGGAAACCACCCGUGCCUGCCAAGAAAUUGGGUCCUAAAACACCACCAUUAUCAGCCCAAUCUACACCAAGUACAGUCACUAAAACACCAAAAGGUUCUAUAAAAGCUGUUGAACAAGAAUCACCAUCAACAUUGAAAAAAUCAGCACCACCUCCAAAACCUAAGAAACCAACACAUUUACAAACUCUGGCAGUUAGUGAAGAUAAUGAUAAAGACACUUUAGAGGUUCCAAGUGCUAAAAAGCAUCUAAGAAAUAAUAGUAUAUCAAGUGAAAUUUCAAUUCCAGAUAUUGAUGAUUUGGAAGAAGAUUUUAAUAGAAGAUAUCCAAGUGCUGUUUAA